AUUUCUAGGUCCGAGCCAGCGGCCUAAGGGGAAUGUGCGCAUUCGACCGAGCACGGACACGUUGCCCACCGCUCCUCUCCCGAGGUCUGUAGUCGCGGAGAAACACAUGUUGCGUUAUUAACGUUCAGAGGUCUGCGACAGCUUCGAUUUGAAUGACUAGCCGGGAACACCAAGUUUCACUGUGGAAUUGCGUCCUCCUACUCUGGCGCCUCCUUUGCGACGCUCCCUGGAGAAAAGCACGCCCACUGCACGCGCUCGGUCGCUACUUCCGCUCUGGAGUCUCUCCAAGCAAGAUGGCGGAGGAGCCGCAGUCCGUGUUGCAGCUUCCUCCCUCAAGUGCUGCUGGAGGGGAAGGACUUACGGAGGUCUCCCCAGAAACAACCACCCCGGAGCCCCCGUCUUCCGCUGCAGUUUCCCCGGGAACAGAGGAACCUGCUGGCGAUACCAAGAAAAAAAUUGACAUUUUGCUAAAGGCUGUGGGAGAUACUCCUAUUAUGAAAACAAAGAAGUGGGCAGUAGAGCGAACACGAACCAUCCAAGGACUCAUUGACUUCAUCAAAAAGUUUCUUAAACUCAUGGCCUCAGAACAGUUGUUUAUUUAUGUGAAUCAGUCCUUUGCUCCUUCCCCAGACCAAGAAGUUGGAACUCUCUAUGAGUGUUUUGGCAGUGAUGGUAAACUGGUUUUACAUUACUGCAAGUCUCAGGCAUGGGGAUGAACCACAAAGAAAAUCAACUUGCUACAUAAAAUGGAUUUUCACAGAAGAGACAGCUCUGAAAAGUUUUGAUGCUUGUGGCAAGAGACUUAACAGAUGUGAUCUAUUCAGUAUGUGUCUACUCUAUGUUUAUGCAUAAGAAAACAUCCAUAGCAUGAAUGGACUCAGAAAAAUGUGAUUUGUAUUAAUACACCAGUCAUCAUAAAAGAUGGUCAUUAUAGUACAUCCAUUGCUCCUACUUGUUACUAUUAUUGCUGCAGAUCUGCCUCCAAGGUUGAAAAGGAGACUAAGACUGUAUAAACAUCUUCAUUGCCAGUUCUCAAAAUGACUGAAAUGGUUUUCAUGGUAAAAGUUAGUAUACUAAAGGGUUCCUUUUUUUUUUAAUGUUUACAUUUGUGUCUGUGUUUACCUUCUUAGUCACAUCGACCUGCUGGCUGAAUACCUCAAAUAGUCCAGUAGGAGGGCAGCCCACCAGGCAGAAAAGGUUAGGCACUUUGGUUUCACAUCUUUGCUGGGGAAUAAUAGGGGAAAUGGCUGUUUUUGCUAAUUUUUAGCUAAUAUCUAGCCAGGAGAGCAAGCACAUUGGACAGACUGAAAGACUGUAAUUUUACACAAUACACAUGGCUUAUUUUAUUGGGAUACAGAAAAACAUAAAUUCUGGACAAAUAAGUCUAUACCUGUUUUCAGUCCUAUCAUUUAAGGAUUCUUGAGUCCCAAUCACAUAACUGUGGUGUUACUCUGUCAUUUAUAUAGUGUCAAAAGCACUUGAUGAGUAAACCCAGUAACAUCUUUUUGAGUGUUUCAUAAUGCAUUUUCCAACUUGAAAAUACUCAAUAAUUGAAAAAUAGCCUUAUUCUGUAUUUUAUGCCAUGACUAAAAGUGCCAUUUUUACUGAUGCUAUUAGACUGAUAAUUUCUUGAAGUGAGAUUUAACCUUUUUUUUCCUCUUCAGUAUUAUAUUUAUAAUGCCAUAUUUUUAGAAAGCAUUCCAGAUCAGACAUGGUGGCUUACACCUGUAAUCCCAGCACUUUGGAAGGCCGAGGUGUGGGGAUUGCGUGAAGCCACAAGUGUGAGACCAGCCUGGGUAACAAGGCAAGAUUCUCAACUC